UGCAGAUUAAAUGGGCCCACCUCGACCAAUCACAGCCGUGAUCACACGGGCCCGAUGCUACGUCUCCUUUUGCGACGACGAUUAUCCUGAUUAUUUUUAUCAAGGCAUCCCCAGGGAUUGGCAUUGAUGGUCUCUUCGUAACCCUCGUUCAUCAUCACAGUUUGUACCAUUCAGAGGAUCAUCUUUCGCAGUCCUGAUGCCAUGAGCCGCCAGAUGCGCCGCGGCGUCAUUUUCCUCGCGCUGGGCGUGAUCACCCUCUCGCUCUGGGUCUGGUCGCAUCACCCAAGCGAGAGAGAGCCGUCUAGUGUCUCGCCAGCUGGCCAUGGCGUGUUCUGGACGGAAUUCUACCGGCUGGUGGUUUCGUCAGCGCCGGACUGCGAACCCCCAACGCGCAUCGCCAACGCAGAAUCCGAGGGCUUCGACCCGAAAAACACCCGGCCAGCACCCAACCUGCUGCAGAUGACGGACGCCGACGUGCACACAAUGCACGAGGCGCAUUCCCGCUUCGUGGAGCGCAUCCGCUCCUCCCCGCCCCCGCUGCAAUACACGCCCUCGACGCGCGGCCUGGUGUCGACGGCGGGGGGUCCGUAUCUGCCGGUGCUGGUGAUCUCGCUGCGGAUGCUGCGCCGGACGGGCUCGCAGCUGCCCAUGGAGGUGUUUCUGGCCGACUGGGCCGAGUACGACGGAUACACAUGCUCGGUGGUGCUGCCGGCGCUCAACGCGCGCUGCGUGGUGCUGUCGGACAUUCUGGACGCGGUGCCGGGGAGUGGCGCGCAGGUGGAGAAAUACCAGUACAAGCUGCUGGCCAUGCUGUUCUCCUCCUUUGAGGAGAUCCUGUUCCUCGACGCCGACGCGUUCCCGCUGUCCGCCCCGGAGGCCGUGUUUACCAGCGAGCCCUUUCUGUCGCGCGGGCUGAUCACCUGGCCGGAUUUCUGGGGGUCGACGGUGUCGCCCCUGUUCUACGAGAUUGUGGCGAUGGAGGUGCCGGCGCCCAACGUGCGCCAGACCACCGAGUCCGGCGAGGUGUUUGUCUCGAAACGCACCCAUCUGCGCACCCUGCUGCUUGCCGCAUACUACAAUUUCUGGGGGCCCCGGUACUACUAUCCGCUGCUGUCGCAGGGGGCGGCGGGCGAGGGCGACAAGGAGACCUUCCUCGCGGCGGCGAUGGUCCUGAACGAGCCCUUUUACCAGGUCAGCGAACCGUUGCGCGCCCUGGGCCGCAGCGAGAACAACGAGUUUAUGGGUUCGACGAUGGUGCAGUUCGAUCCGAUCCAGGACUUUUGGUUAACCGAACGCGGCGUGUGGAGGGUCCGUGGCGAUCCAACCCAGUCGCCGCCGCGCCCGUUCUUCAUCCAUGCCAACUUCCCCAAAUUCAACCCGGCCACCAUCCUCGCCGGGUUUGGGCCGGCGAUCCAGCACGAUGGCUCGUACACGCGGGCGUGGCAGGCCCCCGAGGAGGUCAUCGAGGCGUUUGGGCCGGGCCUGGAGCGCCAGUUCUGGGCCGAGAUCCGCUGGACGGCGUGUGCUCUCGAGGGCAAGACGCCUUCCUGGGAGGGCAAAGAGGGGAUCUGCAGUCUAGUAGAUGAUUAUGUAGGUAGUGUUUUUUGACAGCAUAAUAGAAUAUUGAC